UCGUUCGACAGAUUUCGAAGUUCAUCGUAAUUGGCUCGCUAUUACUCAUAGUCUUCCGGUAUCUGAAUGGUAUUACGAGAACAGAAGUGAAUGGACACUGGAUUAUCCACCAUUUUUCGCCUGGUUCGAAUGGUUCUUAUCACAAUUCGCGUCAUUAUGGGAUAAAAACAUGCUUAAUGUGGAUAAUCUUGAUUACGCAAGUGAUGAGACCAUUUACUUUCAACGUACUACUGUUAUUAUUACCGAAUUAGUUCUAUUCUAUGCAUUGAAAAGGCAUUAUUGUUUUAAAGAUCCUGGGAGUCAAGAUUUUGGAAAUUUUUCGUAUUCAAAUUUUAUAAUCCUUGGACUUUCAGUCAUGUCGAUCUUUUCAUUGUCUUUCGGGCCAUUCCUUUAUAUGGGCCAAUUGGGACAAGUGUUUUCUCGUUUAUUUCCCUUCAAAAGAGGUCUUUGUCAUGCAUACUGGGCUCCAAAUUUUUGGGCAUUAUAUUCUUUUAUGGAUCGUGUUCUAAUUAUUGUUUUUAGGCAGUUAGGAUGGGGAUUAAACGAUAUAGCAACUUCAUCUGUUACAAGAGGAUUAGUUGGUGAUGUUAGCUUUGCCGUAUUACCACAAGUUCCGGCAAAAACAACUUUCGUUAUUACUAUGGCAUCACUCGCCAAAUUAUGGCGAUAUCCGAAUUUCAAAAAUUUCAUUGGAUCCACGAUUUUAUGUGGUUAUUCUUCCUUUCUUUUCGGAUGGCAUGUUCACGAAAAAGCUGUAUUACUGAUAAUGAUUCCCUUCGGGUUGAUCGCAACAGAAAGUCUGGAACAUUUUCGUACUUACAUCAUUCUUUCAAUAUCUGGGCUAUUUUCGUUAUUCCCUCUUCUUUUUAAAGCUACAGGCUUUAAAUCCGAAAGCAGAACAGCGCCGAAACCAGUGACAUCCACAUUUGUUCAUCUGUUAGAAAAUGUGUACAUUGUUGGAUUUGUUAUUUUACAGUUUUUCACUGGUGUUGUACAUCAAAUCGCAUUUAGCGAUGGCAAAUAUCAGUUCAUACCGUUAUUAGCUACGUCUGUAUAUUGCGCAAUAGGCAUAGUAUAUUCUUGGGUUAGAUUUACUGUUAUAUAUUUUUUAGAAGGAUAG